UGGACGUGUGACAGGCGGGUUUUCGCGGCUAAAUGAAACGACGUUCCUCUGGCAGUGAGAAACAAGCGUAAUGCUUCGUACUUGAGAACAAAGUAGUAUUUACGUUAUUGGCAACGCGCUGUCUUCCUACUAGGAGCAAGUGCUUAGCCAAUGCUCGCGUUGGCAUAAACUGCCGAUGGUCUCGUCUUGAUCGUUUAACUGUUCAACAAUAGCAAUGUCAGCGGUGACGACGGAGAGCUUGAAGUCAGAGUUGGAGGUUUUCGAUGUUCCCUGUCGAGAUGACUCCACCGUGGACAAACUUGUGGAGCUGUGUAUUUGCCACAGGAUGGGUGCCUAUGAUAUUGUUCUGGAGUGGGUGGCGUUCAGCACCACCAAAAACCUGACGCUGUCAGUGGACACCCUAGAACAGUUUGAACAUGAGGUGUUGAACAAGAAGAUGAAAUCAAAGCAAAGCUUCAAAAGAGACGAACCGUACAACAGAACCAGAGACAUCCACUCUAUCCAAGACUUAAUUAAAGCAGAGGAAGAGGAGGAGAACUUGUUGGACUCCUACUGUACACCUGCCAAGUCUUCUCAAAAAAGACCUCUAACUACUCCAGAACACCCUCAGUCGAAGCGCAGCGUUGCUCUACUGGCCAGUCCAGGUUUGCUGCUAUCCCCAUCUAGUUUCUCUCCAAGUGUAACACCUUCCCAAAACUACAGUCAGCGAGGAGGGAAGGGGGAAGUUGUGGCUACGUUUGGGGCUGUGCAGGGAACUCGGUGGGUUGGCAGGAAGACUCCGGGUACCGGGAUCCAGCUGGAGCAGCUGGAAGGUCCAGAAUACUCUCUACGCUCCAGCUAUAAGUACAUGUUCCAGAGGCUGAGAGAUGUCCGCAACGUGCUUAGCGAGAAGAUCGAGGAGUUGGGAGAGGGACUGCGCUCUCACUUCAACAUCGAGGAGUUUGCUUCUGCUUCUCUGCCUGCUCAGGACUGUGUGACAGUUUUGGGUCAAAUCUGCUGCGACAGUAACGGAAAGCUCAAUUCACAAUCGGUUUUGCUGGAGGAAGGCCCGGAGCAUGGUGGUCAGUGCGUCGCCGUGGACCUGUCUGAGCUCAGAGAGUACUCGCUGUUUCCUGGUCAGGUGGUGGUGAUGGAGGGCAUGAACACGACGGGAAAGAAACUGAUGGCUUCUAAACUCUAUGAGGGAUCUCCUCUGCCCUUCCACUCUCCUGAGGUGAAGAUGGAACCAGAUGAAGAGCCUUUAAAUGUUCUUGUCGCCUGCGGACCGUAUACCCCAUCAGACAGCCUGACCUUUGACCCACUCCUGGACCUGAUCAACGUCAUAGUGCGGGAUCGUCCCGAUGUGUGCAUACUGCUGGGCCCCUUUGUUGAUGCCAAGCACGAGCAAAUCGAGAAAGCUCAGGUGACGGAGACAUUCGAAGCCAUUUUUACACGAUGUAUUGAAAGUAUCAUUGACGGCACCAAAAGCGUUGGUUGUCGCCUGGUGUUCGCCCCGUCUCAGAGAGACAUCCAUCAUAAUUUCAUUUACCCUCAGCCUCCGUUCACUCUGCCCACCCUCAGCAAGGACCAAGCCCAGCGUGUCACCCUGGUGCCGGACCCCUGCACUCUGGUGAUCGAUGGUGUGACCUUUGGCCUGACAUCCACCGAUAUAUUAUUUCAUAUGGUUGCUGAGGAGAUCAGUUGUGGCACCGGGUCGGACCGAUUCUCUCGUAUUCUGAAGCACAUGCUGAUCCAGAAAAGUUAUUACCCACUGUACCCGCCUGCCGAGGAGGUGAACAUGGACUACGAGAGGUUCCAGAGCUUUGGCCAGAUGGCCGUAACACCAGACGUUCUCCUGGUUCCCUCGGAGAUGCGGUAUUUUAUUAAGGAUGUGGUUGGCUGCGUGUGUGUCAAUCCCGGGCGUCUCACAAAAGGACAGGUGGGCGGAACCUACGGGCGGCUGCUCAUUCAGCACAGCCGCUCGACGGAGGGUGGGAAGAGAUCCACUCCCUGUUUGGCUGCUCAGGUGGUGAAGAUUUAACCGAAGGACAGAUUCGAUAUUGUAGUUUGAUCAUACUGUAUUAAUGAUGUAAAAUAUGUUUAAAAAAAAGGGUUUCCUCACAAACAUGUUCAAUGUUGGUUUUAUUUUUGGGCAUUGUUUCUUUACAUGAAUAAUGCAUCAUAAAUAAACUGUU